AUGACAUGCCAAGAUGUGUUCCCCAACACUGCCCUGGAAUGCAACCCCACAGCAAUGCCUGGAGUCACUGCCAACUCAGGACACCUGCAGCCACCCCACAACUCACUGCAGAAUGGAAUUAGUCCCAUUGUCCAGUAUUUCCCCAAAACCUUGAGGAGCCUGGGGAAGCCCGGAAGGUUUUGGUUAUGUUAUGUGUCACUGUGCUAUCGAGACUACUAUGGACAAGGGACAACAGUCACAGUAAAACCAUGGAUUGAGUCUCUGAUAGAGUCUGGGGGAACUGUGAAACCAGCCGGGAAAUCUCUACGUCUCUCCUGCACAGCCUCCAGCUUCAUCUUUGGGAACUCUGAGAUGGCUUGGUACCAGCAAGCUCCUGGGCGAGAACCAGAAUGGGUCUCCCACAUUGACCCCUCCGGGAGAAAUCCGUGGUACGCAGAGGCUGUGAGGGGCCGCUUCUCCCUCUCCAGAGACAAUGCCAAAGGCCAGCUGUACCUGCAGAUGGAUAAUCUGCAAGUUGGAGACAGUGGCCGGUAUUAUUGUGUGAGACUGGGACAGGAGAAAGACAAUAAUGCACAGCUAGUUUUCAGAAUUGGAACAGAGGUUACAGUGGAACCAAGAGCCCCAGCUGAAUCCCAGCCCACGUUAUUCAUUCUGAGGAACCAGAGCUUCGGUGGUUGCCUGGUGAAAGAUUUCUAUCCCAAGGAGCUGAGCCUGACUCUGUCCGCGCCCCGCCCACCACUCACUGAGCCUCUCCAGGCUACGGCCUCCUCCUCCCAGGGUACCUACACAACUGUCAGGAUUGGACAGUUCAGCAAGGAAGAUUCGGUGACCUGCUCCGUGUGGCAUGGCUCCAUGCAGAUAAACGUGACCGAAGGACAAGAUGCAGCCCCAGGUGGAGAAAAUCCUGAUGAAUCUGUCCUCAGCUGUUCAGAACAGAGCAUCACAGGAGACCAUGAGUGGGGCAACACACUGUCCAUUUUCAUUCUGGUGCUCAGAGUUCUGCUCGUGAAAAGUGUCGUACUCAAUGUUCUUCUAACAGUCCAGGCCUCGUGCUGCUGAGACUGCUGGAGCCUCCUAUCUGGAACACCACCACUUGCUACCCUUUGUUUCCACUGGCCCUGAAUCACUUCCCUCCCUAGUGACUGGAACAAAGAACUGUU